AUGGACGAAGGAAUAGAGUCAAAUGAAGGGACCCAGCAAUACACUCAAACAUCCACAAAUGACAAUACAAGUCAACAAAAUUUAUCAACCUUCGAUCGGCAAUUCACUAUUGGACAGGAAACGACAUUGGAUUCUCCUCAAAGAGAUGACUUUUUGCAGAUAAUCAAUCACAAAGUGCUGAAAGAGUAUGAACAGGGCCAUGAUGAGAUUGCAUCCAAGCAAAAGGAUUACCAUGCCACUGUAGAGUUGUUUCUAAACUUUGCAGCCAAUAAUAAGAACUUGUACCAGCGAGUGCUAGAUAUGCACAGACGGGCGGAAAAAAAUGCAGAGCAGCUCAAGCAGUCAAACUACCCAAAAAUGGCAUUCCAUCUCAGGAUAGUAUCUAACAUUAACAGCUUCUACGCAGAUUCUGUAAAUGUGGGUCCUCUAUACGAUUUGCUAAUCAGAUCGCCUUAUGUCGCAUUACCCGCAUUCGAAGAGGCUAUUGGGGAGAUAUGGCGGUCACAACAAUCAAAAAUACAGAUUGAACCACCUAGACUUGGAAUUUGCGGUUGGCUAGGUCGUCAUCACGUUACCCCUAGGGGGUUAAAUAGCAGCAUGCUAAACACUAUGGUGGCAGUUGAAGGCGUUGUAAACAAGUGUAGUAUAAUACGACCAAAGCUUACCAAGAGUGUAUAUGUUGGGGAGCCGGCUGAUGACUUUGAGCAGGAAAAGACAGUGUAUGUCAGACCGCACUACGAUAUAACUGAUUUUGGCAGGACGCUCAAGGAUGCUGGAAACCCUCCUCCUGUAGACCCCCAUGGAAAGAUCGUUCAUAGGCAUGAAAUUGGCCUUUGCACCUACAAAAGCCAUCAGACUUUUGUUAUCCAGGAGACACCGGAAGAUUCACCUGCAGGCCAAAUGCCAAGAUGGGUCAACGUAAUUGUGGAGAAUGACCUUUGUAACGUUGUAAAGUGUGGUGAUAGGGUACGUGUUUGGGGAGUGUAUCGCAUCGACUGCGGAAGGGCCGAUUCUGCAAACUCUGGAGUCGGUAGAGCUUAUUUGGUGGCGAACUAUAUAAGUAUAAAGAACAAGGACUACCUUUCCCACAAUACGAAGAUAACCGAUCAGGAUAGGAAGAAUUUCCAAACCUUUUCAUCUCGUCGCGACGCGCUCCAGGUACUGAUACGUUCCUUCGCCCCUUCAAUUUGUGGCCAAGAGAUUGCAAAACGGGGGAUUUUAUUGCAGCUAGUAGGCGGUCCCCAAAUGCCAGAAAAAUCGGAACACCAUAUAAGGGGCGAUAUACACACUUUGCUUGUGGGAGAUCCAAGCUGCGGUAAAUCCCAAUUGUUACGCUACGUAAUGAAUCUUAUACCCACCACGAUUUCUGCUAGUGGUCGUGGUUCUUCUGGUGUGGGAUUAACCGCCGCAAUAGUAACUGACCCUGAAAGCGGGGAGAGAAGGGUUGAAGGAGGGGCCAUGGUUAUGGGCGACAAACGCAUAGUCUGUAUUGAUGAGUUCGAUAAAAUGGCUUCUGCGGACCGAGUGGCCAUACACGAGGUCAUGGAACAGCAAACUGUAACAAUUUCCAAAGCUGGAAUACACACUACGCUAAAUGCUAGGUGUUCGGUUUUGGCCGCUGCCAAUCCAUUGUAUGGAUGUUGGAGUGACGAUAUGGACGUGGCUCAGCAGUUGAACUUUGAGCACUCACUCAUGUCUAGGUUUGACCUUAUUUUUGUUAUAAGGGAUUCUACCACAGAGGCAGAAGACGAUCGCAUAGCCGAUGCCAUCCUCCGCAAUGUAACCCAAAAGGCCAGGCCUGUUGGCAUAACUACUGGCAACAGCGUAUGCGUCAUUCAGCCCAGUGAAGGAGAUAUGUCAAGCACGCAUCAUUUUAGCUUUUACGAUGGCGAAGAGCUACCAACUCUCACGCCUCAGCGGGAUGCCAGUGGCAGAAGACGACGAAAUAAUAGACAAAAAAAUGAUUACAUUGUUGACGAAGGUACGGCCAAUGUAUUCGCCAACAGGAAUGACAUGGUGUACAUGGAUCACCAUGGUCGAGAGUUUGAAGUGCUGACGGUGGAUUUCCUCAAGCGUUACAUUUACUAUGCAAAGGAUCUCUACUAUAAGGAGAAAGAGGCAACUGAGGGCUGGAAGCCUUAUCCGGAGAUUAGUGACGAGGCACGUCACUCGAUCGUAUGUUUGUACAACCAAUUGAGACAGCGCGCCUCUGAGUACGAGUUGAAACAUAAACGAUUACCCCAAGCUGUAUCCCCUAGGACAUUAGAGGCAAUAAUUAGGCUAUCCACUGCCCAUGCUCGGCUGAAACUCAAUAGAUGGGUUACUGAGGAGGAUGUGAGAUAUUCGAAGAAGCUGCUGAAUUACACUUUAUUUGGGGAAGCAUGGGACAUCAGCGACGACGAGGGAUACUCCAGCGACUCAGAUUUUAUAGAAAAUCUAAGUGACAUUGACUCUGCCAAAAGGGAUAGAUCUGGAAUACGACUUACGGGGAGAGAACAUGAGGAUGAACAGCUGAUUGAGGGUGUUGGCCACUUGACACUAACACGAGUAUCUGACAGUGCCAUAACUGGCACUGUAGUUGGCGAUAUGCCAAGGAAUGAUAGCACAAAAUUUGCUGGGGAGUUAAGUGUUUCAGACACGAUAAUACGUACGUUGAGCGCUAUGGAUAAUGGCGACGGGGUGAAACUGUAUUCGCUGUGGUUGGAAACGAGAAAUGCGUCAAAGGACACUCCGGGAAUUGGUAACAUUUCAUUUGACGAGUUUAGAGAGAUUAUAAUAACGAUUAAUUCAAGCGAGUGCGCACCGCUGCUAUAUGCCGAGGGGGAGGAUACGGUAUUUUCCUGUUAG